GACGAACCGGUUACCCUCGAGAAGCAGCAGUCUCGGGAUUCGUCCGCCUCCGUCACGCAUUCGUCCUACUCACUGCCAGCCUCCUCCUUCUCCCAGGACCCCGUCUACAUCAACGGGAGCCUGAACUACAGCUACCGCAGCUAUGGGACGCUGGGAGGGGCUCUGCAGCCGACUCCUUCACUCCAGACAGGGAAUCACAGUAACGGCCCCACUGACCUCAGCAUGAAAAGCGGCACGUCCAGCACCACCCCACCAGCCAACAGCACGAACCGGGGGGUGCCAGCCGCCCAGCUCAGCCCGACCGAGAUCAGCGCCGUCCGGCAGCUGAUCGCCGGCUACCGGGAGUCCGCAGCCUUCCUCCUCCGCUCGGCAGACGAACUGGAAAACCUCAUUUUACAGCAGAACUGACUGCCGGCUUCCCCGGGGCACCUGUGCCGGAAGAGACUGUCGUCCUCCAGGCUUCCUUGAUAAAUCUGCUCAGGACUGGCCGAUCCUCUGCCUAUCACCGCCC